CGUCUUUUUUGGAUAAGCAACAAGACAUCCCCAUUUCACAUUUCCGAAAUGUCGUCUAAACAGAAGACACUAAAAAAGCCAAAGGCUGCAAGAGAAGCUGAACGAGAAGCGCGAACUGUACCCACGGCAACCAUCUUGAAAAAUGUUGGAAAAGCGGCCGCGUUACUGCUCCUUGCAGGCAUCUCCUCUCCCGUCUCCCAGCUCAACCUUUCUCCUGUCUAUGGCUCGAUUCCAGCGUCAUUGCAUCACCAGAGAGCAAUGACGGUCACGGCGCUCGCAGCUCUGAUAGGGCAGGGAGCUUUGAAGAGAUAUGUCCCAAGCUCCAUUGGCGAUUAUAUUGCUGUCAUUGCCUACUGGUCGCCUGUCAUCCAAUUCCUACUCUUCCCUUAUAGCGGCAAACUAGGAAUCGAAUACGGCCCUCUGGUCACCGAAAGUCUCACAUAUUUCCCUUUGCUCUUCCUGUCCUUAGUUGCUGCAGGCAAUCUCUUGGACUGCAUUGACCCCAGUCGACUUAGCCUGCCUUCGUCACUCAAGGAGAUCGUCAUUCCCAUUACGUCCUACUUCACUGUCUCUACCAUCUCGAAAGCUGCGGGCGCCACAAUUCCCUCCUUGGUUGGAAACCACCUAUACUUUACUCGAAUAGGCUUUCAAAUGCUGAUUGCUUCAGCUUCUGCCUUUUUGACGCCAUCCAGAAUUGUCCUCUUCGCCUUUCCAGCUAUUCUGCAUUCUCUGUGGGCCAAUCCUCACUUCCCAUCGGAAAGCGCCUUCCAGAAGGCCAAUGCGACUCUGUAUGCCCGCCAAAACUACACGAUUUUGGCUCGCCAGGAAUCUCUUACCGGAUAUGUUUCUGUGAUGGAGAGCCAAGCAGAAACCGGAUUCCGAGUGCUUCGCUGUGACCACUCUCUCCUUGGUGGAGAAUGGCUGGUGACCCCCGCAUCCUACGAGAAGGGCCAACGCAAACGCGAGACCAUCUUCUCUGUCUUCGUCCUCCUCGAGGCCGUCCGCCUUGUCAAACCCCACAAGAGCAUCUCAUCUGCACCCGUCCCAGACAACAAGAAAUCCGCUCUAGUCAUCGGCCUAGGCAUCGGAACCGCUCCCAACGCCCUCAUCUCCCACGGCAUCAACACCACCAUUGUCGAACUCGACCCAGUAGUCCACCACUACGCCACCAAAUACUUCGACCUCUCGCCCAAACACACAGCGGUCAUCGACGACGCCGUCACCUACGUAGACGCCAAACACAAAACGCACCCCGGCUCCUUCGACUACAUCGUCCACGAUGUCUUCACAGGCGGCGCCGAGCCCGUCGCCCUCUUCACCGUCGAGUUCCUGCGCGGCCUCUCGGCCCUCCUCGCCGACGACGGCGUCAUCGCAAUCAACUACGCCGGCGACCUCUCCCUAGGCUCCACCCGCCUCGUCCUCAACACCAUCCACGCCGUCUUCCCCGCCUGCCGUCUCUUCCGCGACUCCGCACCGCCGCCCGAACUCAAAGAAGGCGACGCUGAUUUCAUCAACAUGGUCAUGUUCUGUAUCAAGGGCGACGAGUCCAAACACGCGAUUCAGUUCCGCGAUGCCAACGAGGAUGAUCUCAUGGGCAGUUUGGCGCGCAGGAGCUACUUGCAGCCCAGGGAGGAGUGGGAGGUCAUUUUUGAUUUUGUCCCUGAAAGUAACGGCGGGAAAAUCAUGGGGAGGACGGAUGUGGGCGAGCUGGAGAAGUUCCACAAAGAGAGCGCGGUGAACCAUUGGAAGGUUAUGAGGGAGGUGCUUCCCGAGGAUGUGUGGAAUACGUGGUGA